UCAAACUUUGUGACGAUUAAGCGAAGAUGGAGAGAGUGAGAGAUUGUAUAGAGGAAAUGGUGAAGUUCACACUUACUCACCGUUCAGAUUUCGAUAUAGAGCUUACCGGAGUUUUCUGCUCCGGUCUUCUUUCCGGCGACUCGCUUCUUCACGCCGAAGCAUUUGCAGGUGUUACUGAGUAUCCUCUGUACAAGCGUCUAGCUUUAAGCCUGCUGAAAUCGAUUGCUUCUGGUUGUUUCUGUGGGGGUUUUGAGAAGGUUUCGUUUGGGAAAGAGGUUAUGUGGUUGAAGGAGAAAGAGGAGGAGUGGAGCAAGCUGAUAAUCCAAAAGGGUUCUGAGUUAGUCUACGCCUUGAAGUAUGUAGCUUGUGAGCUUCAAGUUGAAGAACCUUUAUUCUCCUUCAUGAAAGCUUUAGAUGGUGUCAAAACAGUUGAGGCAAGGUGUUUUGAAGCGGAUUAUGAUAGACUUCAACAGAGAGGCUCUCUGGUUAUGAUAAAUAAAUCUCUCAUGUUUGAAGUUAUGGAAAUGCACAAGUAUUCAUCAUUUUACGAGCUGUUAAAAGCCGAGAGUCCAGAGAAAGUCUUUCCUGGCACUAAUACAGUUGAAGAAGGUAUGCAAAUGUUCAAGAAGUGGUGUGAUGUUGAUCAAGAGAAGAAGAACAAUGGUGUUGUGGCAAUCCAUCUUAUUAAAUCAGUUUCUCAGUCUUGUGUAGCUUUGUCUCACAUACUCUCUGGCUUGAGUUACACGGGUGUGCAAAGCCUUCUGGGUCUUUCUCACACCAUUGGAUCCAUUCCACAUGCGCUGCCUCCUCCAAGAUCGGUUCUACUCUCUUCCUUUAUGCUUCCAUAUAAACCAAAGAUAAAAGGUUGUAGAUUGAGCCAUGGAGCUAGAGCAUUAUCCAAGCAUGUUGAUCGAAGUAGUGAUGGAUUCUGGGGUGUUCUUUCUGGAUCCGAUUCAGAUAAGAAUAGGCUUGCGAUGGACAUUAUCAAUAGCUUCAUUGGCCAAUGUUGUUGGAUGAACAUACAUAUAGUUCCACCUCACGGGGAAAUGUUUGAGAUAAGAGUAGCUCAAGGAUAUGGAGCACGUUGGUCUCGAGAUGGAACCAAAUUCAUUGGAUUUCUUGAGCCUUACAGUGAAGAUGGCCACUCCAUGGCCUGGAAGCAUUAGGACCCUCACCUGUAGUUGAAUCUUUUUUUUUCUUUCAGCAAAAUGUAAUGUCCUUUUGUUAAUACAAAGUAAAAGUUUGGGUAAGAAAGUAGUAAAAACAAAACUAAAAAGGACCUAAAUGCAAGAAA